UACGUCUGUUAGUCUAUAAGGUGCCACAGGACUCUUUGCCAGUUGUGCCUGGUUUUGCUCCUGUCACAAUCUGCUGUCUGGGCAAUUCACCAGCAUUAGGACCCAGAGGCAGAGCAGCAGUCUGAGAGAUGAACCCAGUGGGAAGAUCAUCCUGGUAAACUGGCAUAGUUCCUUUGCAGUCAAAGGAGGUACAUCGAUUUCUACCAGCUGAGACAGGACAGACAAGAGAUACUGAAGUUAGGACAGGCUCCUUCAGACUGAGGAGGCAAGAAGGUGAAACCCGAAAUUCAUAGAGGCCCCUCUGUCUACUUGAGUGCAGGAGAACCAGGAGGAAGGCACAAGAUGGCCCAUGAGGUGGAGCACCUGUAUGUUGAUUCAGCAACAGAUUAUCCGGAAGUGGUCGUACAAGUAGGAAAAAUAACUUUUGGAGAGAAUGAGAGAAAAAAUAUUCCCAAAAAUAUAAGACAAAAGCAAAAACUUACCCUGGCCCGUGCAGUGUGUGCUUUGUUAAACUCAGGAGGAGGAGUGGUAAAAGCGGAGAUUGAAAAUGAGGGCUACACCUUACAAGGAAAUAUGAUUGGGCAGGACAUAGAAAUCGCUUUUAGGGAGUGCAUUCAGUGUCCAAACUUGACAAAAUAUUUUGACUAUAUGCAGCAAAACAGUGACUUUUUGAUUUUUGUUAAAUCAUGGAGCAGUGAAAACUCAUUGGCUAUCUCAGGCCUAACAAAACCUCGUAUUUGCAGCCUGAGCUCUGGUUUGUACCUAAGAUCUGGCACUUCUCUUGUCAGUGUGAAACCUGGCGAUGCUUUGGAAUUUCUCAAAGGGAAACAAGGCCAUGUCACGAGAGAAUUGGAAGAGGAGAGAGGGCCAAGUGCUAAAAGACCCCAGUUGCAAGAUGUGCAGAGAACAAAGAAAGCUGGUGUGCAGGAGGAGAGAGACAUAAGCAAUGCUGCUGCUCAGUUUUUUGAAAGAGACCGAUUGGAGUAUGGAGAGACCCUGAACUUCACAGAAUCAAGAGAUGUAGAAUUUAAAAAUUUUGCAACUGAUAAUAUCUUGAAAUACCUCAGAGACAUGCUGCCAAAUUAUAUCUCUGCAUUUGCAAACACACAAGGAGGAGGAUAUUUCAUUAUUGGAGUGCGCGAUAACAGGACAGUUGCAGGAUGUAGACGUGAAGAUGUAACCACUGAAGAAUUAGGAAAAGAAAUAGAUCAUGCCAGAGAGAAAUUAACCCUCUGUCACUUUCAUACUGCCAGGGAAAGUGAACAUAAUUUAAAGUACAAACAUAAAAUCAUAAAUGUAUAUGAUAGAUGUGGAGACCAUUGUGGGUAUGUCUGUGCUGUGAGGAUUGAACCUUUUUGUUGUGCUGUGUUUUCGGAAACGCCGGACUCAUGGAUUGUAAAGGGAAACCGCACCGAGAGACUGACAGCUAAGAAGUGGACCACCUUGAUGACUGCUGCCGAUCCAGAACUUUCAGAGUUGGCUGCUGCUUUUAAGAAAGAGCUGAGUCUGUCAGAUGGGCCUCCCCUCAUCAAACCAGUUUAUUCACACCAAGGCCUUGAUAGUCUGGAUGAUCUGCAAAAAUAUCUGUUUCCAGUGGAAUCUAAUAGGAUAAAAUAUACUCCAGAAAACCUCAGCAAGGAGCUUGCAUCAGAGCAUCCAGAACUAAUCAAUUUAAUGGAAGAGCACAUGCAGCUGCUUUCUCAGGGGAUACUUAUAUUUUCGAGAAGCUGGGCUGUUCAGGUUGACUUGCAGGAGAACCAAGAUGUUGUUUGUGAUGCUCUCUUAAUAGCCAUGGAGAGUCCUCCAAUACUCUACACAGUCUUUGAGAAUCCCAACUCUGAAGGUAUUUUUGAAUACUCAAGACAUACUGCCUGCAGGUUAAAGGAAAAACUGGUAAAUAUUGGGGGCUACACUCAAAAAGUGUGUGUGAUGCCAAAGCUACUCUGUCUGCACAGUAACAGUGACAAAGGGCAAGAUGGGGGGGUGAGUAUGCAAGAUAUGUACCCGACUAACUACAGCCGAAUCCACGGUGAUAACUUGAAACAUUUACUGCGCUCACUUGCAAUAUUCUUGCUGAGUUUUCCAUCCUUUUUAAGUGACCAGCUUGGUUGUGAAUUUUUCAACCUCCUGACCAUCAAACAGUACGAACUGCUUUCAAAAAACCUGCACAAGGCUAAAAAGCUAUUUGUCUACGGCCUGCCAGGAACAGGGAAAACGAUAGUGGCACUGAAGAUCAUCGAAAAGAUAAGGAAUGUGUUUAAAUGCGAACCAGAAGAGAUUCUCUACAUUUGUGAGAACCGGCCUCUGAGAGAGUUUGUGGGAGAUAAAGGCAUUUGCCAAUCUGUGACAAGAGUAACUUUCAUGAAGGACAACUUUGAAAAGGUGAAACACAUAGUAGUUGAUGAAGCUCAAAAUUUCCGGGAAGAGAAUGGCUGUUGGUACAAGAAGGCAGAAGAUAUCACCCAAAGAUGUAAUGAGCCUGGUGUUUUCUGGAUCUUCUUGGACUAUUUACAGACAAGUCACACUUGCAAAUCUGGUCUGCCACCUGCACGUCAGCAUGACCCUGUGGAAUCACUAACCAAAGUGGUCCGUAAUUCCAAGGAGAUAUACGGCAACAUAAAAAGUCAAAUGGAAAGGAUUGUACAAGAUAAAAAAUUAGGAGAUGUUCCUUAUGAGCGUUUAGAAAACUUGUUACGUGAAGCCACGUGUGGUCACCAUGUAUCAGGUUUUUAUAGCAUAGAAAGAGACUUAAAUAUGAACGAAAUAGCAAAUUAUGUGGCUAGAAAAUGUUUUGAGUAUUUGAAAAAGGGCUACUCAGAGAAAGAGAUUGCUAUUCUGUUCAGCACGCUGCACGAUAAAAGAAAAUAUGAACCCAUAAUAACAAGACAAAUGAGGAAAUUCAAGCUGAAUCCAGUUUUCCAAGAAGCAGAUGAAGUGCAGGGAAAGCAUAUUAUUCUUGACAGCAUCCGUCGCUUUUCUGGCCUAGAAAGGAGCAUUGUGUUUGGUGUCAAUCCAGUCUCUACCCAAGAGGAGAUUUCUGACAACCUUUUACUCUGUGUGGCAUCCAGAGCUAAUUUACGCCUCCAUUUGCUGUUUGAAUAGAUCCCCAGUGGUUACUCAGGAGUUGUUUAAUAACCCCUCUAGGAGUAGCCCCAGAUUCUAGUACUGCACAGAGGAUGAGUUAUAUUCAUUAUAUGGUUUUUGGCCCAUGGUUCCAAAUUUGCAAAAGAGAGACAUUUCACACCCCCUAGCUAAUAAACUACCUGAGGCUGCUGAUGCACAACAUAAACAGAAAUAAAGUUACAUGGCAGGCAAUGGGCAAUUUGAACCACUGUGGCUCCUAACUGCCAUUGAGAGUUUCCAUAAUGGGCUAGUGCAGCAUCUUUAGACUUUGGUUGCAUAGGAAUGAACUGACAAGUGGUAGGCAACAUGUUUCUGAAGUGUGUGCAGGGAUUGGAGGAGUUCCUGGGUUCUAGUCCUCACCUACCACUUCCCCAAGGUUACACGGUGCAAGUCAUUUGAGCCUGAUUUUCAGAAGUGGCUUCUGAUUUUGGAUUCCUGGGUUGUUUGUUUUUUUUGGGGGUGCACAGGGUUAGAUACCUAGGCUCCUACAUCCAUAUUUAGGCUGUUAAAUAUAACCAGAUUUUUUGAAAGGUGAUUAGCACUCAAAACUCCACUGGAAGUUAAUAGGAGCUACAGAUACUCAGCAACUCUGAAAAAGAGGAAUUUUUUUAUAUUUAGGAACCAAAUUUUAGAUACCUAGCUUAGAAAUGUUUGGCCCUUUGGACAUGUUUUCAGAUAUGUUGAUCAUCCACAGCUCCUACUGAAGUUUUAGGUGCUAAGCACUUUUGAAAAUCAGGUCUUGAGUUCCGAAAGCUGGGCAUACAAAAUGAGCGACCAGUUUUGAAAAUGUAGAACUUAGUCGCUGCCUUGUGUUGGAAAUAAUACUGACCCGUCUUCCCCAGGGGUGUUGUGGUUUCUUUAAAGUUUGAGGAACUGUUUGAAAUCCUCUGGAGGGAGACAUUAGAACAUUGCAAAGCAUUAAUAUUAUUGAGCAAGUGGAGCAGACUUCAGAUUCAAAUAUUUUAUUUCAGCAUUAUUAUUUGAUGCUGCAGUUGGUUCCAAGAGCAGUUAGCUCCCAAGGUAGCCAGCCCAGGUGGAAUGCUACAAGGCAACCAGAGAACCCUGGAGGAGGAAAGUUUGGAGUGAUAUAACCUUGAAAGUUAUUUGUCUUAGGACAGGACUGCAUGGCCCAAGGAAACUUUGGUAGCCACAGAAUAUUAGGGGUGAAAUCCUAGCCCUCUUAAGUCAAUGGAGCCAGGAGUUCACCCUAGGUUUGAACCUUGGAAUGAUGAACUUAAGAUGUUAUAUAAAACAUUUUUAGGGUAACCUGUGAGAGCAGACAAAGGUUUGGUUUGGUUACUCAAUGCAAACCAAACCACUUUUUACAUUUGGCUCAUAGUUCAACUUGAUUUGUAUUUAGGAAUAAGUAAAUAGCAAAACUGAUUAAUUAGCACUUAUAUUUGAGCGAGGGAAAGCUUAUUCAGAUCUACGUACAUUCACAACUGCAAAAGUACAACGCUAGGUCUUUGCUGGGUUCUCUUUUCUUCAUUCUCAUUCAGAAUUUUGGUUCCCUCUUUAAUUCAACAUCUAUGUUCUAUAGCUAAUGAUUGCCUACAUCUUUUGGAAUUUGAUAACUGAGUUAUUUAGCAAAAUACGUGGAAGAUUUUUUUUUUAAGAGAAGUGAGUAGGUGCCCAAUAUUUACAUCAGGUUAUGAUUAACCUCAAGGGAAGUCAUUGUGUUUAACUAGAGUCAGUCUUGAUUGGGAGUUUGCACCCAGUUUGACAAAUGUGUUAGGCUAGAUAUCCUUCUGAUCCUCAAGUAGCUACUGCUUUUAGUAAACUUUUUCCUUCUGCUUGGACUGGGAAACUGUACCCCUUCCUCUGUGACCUCCUGCCUGGAUCACUGCAGCUCGCUGUACCUAGGAUGACCAUGUCUACCUUUGCAAUACCUGCUACUGGUCUAGAACUAUCUAUCUAGGUGGCUGUAUGCCUCCCUCCCCGAUCACUGGAGUACAGUAACUCCACACUUAAUGUUGUAGUUAUGUUCCUGAAAAAUGUGACUUUAAGCAAAACAAUGUUAAGCAAAUCCAAUUUCCCCAUAAGAAUGAAUGUAAAUAAGGGAGGUUAGGUUCCAGGGAAUUUCUUUUCACGAGACAAAAAACUAUACAUUAUAUAGAUAUUCACUCAGCACACGUUUUAAACAAACAAUUUAAUACUGUUCACAGCUAUGAUGAUUGUGAAGCUUGGUUGAGGUGGUGAAGUUAGAGGGUGGAAGAGGGUGGGUUAUUUCCCAGGAAAU